AUGGUUCAGCAGCAUUGUGUUAAUGCUGCAAGUACAGAUUUUAGUUCUUAUAAUUCUAAAAAACAACGUGAUGCUGCUGAUGUUGUAGGCAGUAAAUUAUCUUCGACAAAUAAUGCACUUCAUCAUCAUAUUCGUACAUUAGGUUCAAUGCAAGCUGGUUCUGUUGAUUUUGUUUCAAAUGUUUUACCAAUAUCAACACGAUCCUAUUCAGCGAUAUCAACUGAACCUAUUUCAUCCGAUCCAAAUUCAUCAUCCUAUAAAACGAAUACAACAGCAUCAUCAUCAUCAUCAUCCGGUUAUGAAUCUGUUGUAUCACGUUCAUCAAAAUCACAUAAAUCAUUAUUUUCUCGUUUGAAACGUUUAAUUAAUUUUCCUUCAACAAAAAUUUCAGCUGAUUAUCAACUAUCAACAAUAAAUGAUCCAAAUAAUUCCAAUUCACCUGUCCUAGCAUUACGUCAUCAAUUAUCAUCAUCUGGGAAUAAUUCCUCAAAUGAGCUUCGACGAAAUUCUUUAACACGUUUAGAUAUUAAACGAAAAUCAUCUCGACGAACAUUAGCAUCUUCUACACAACAUAUUCCGUUUUUAUAUGGAUUGAAAAAUUGUGGUAAUACUUGUUAUAUCAAUGCUAUUCUUCAAUGUUUAUGUCAUACAGAACAAUUAGCAUCAUAUAUUCUACGAAAAAGUUAUGAAAUUGAUAUACGUAAUAUAAAAAAUGCGAUUAGUGAUUGUUCAAAUUCAUCUCAAACACCACCAAUUGGUUUUAAAGUAACGAAAAUUUUUGUACAAAUAUUUCAAACAUUAUGGAAUAAUUCAUCGAAUACAACAUCUAAAUUAUUAUAUGAUUUUAAAACAAUUGUCGGAAAUCUUAAUAGACAAUAUUCAGGCAAUGAACAAAAUGAUGCACAAGAAUUUUUAUUAUUUCUUAUUAAUACAAUUCAUGAUGAAUUAAAUUUAGCUGCUCCUGGACGAUGUCGACAACAGAAUAAAAAUUCAUUUUCUUGUGUAACGACAUCAAUUGCAUCAUCGGAAUUAGCUCGUCGCGCUUGGUUAGAAUAUACUGAUGCUAAUCAAAGUAUCAUAACAUCAAUAUUUAGUGCUCAACUUCAUUCAACAUUACGUUGUAAUCAAUGUAAAGAAGAAAGUAAAACAUUUGAACCAUAUCUAUUAUUAUCAUUACCAAUUCCACAAAAAAUUAUAAAACCUGUUUUUAUAACUGUUGUUUUUCUUAAUCAAUCACCGAAACAACUACAAAUUGGUUUAUGUUUACCCAUAACAAAUACUGUUAAAGAUGUUCGAGAAGCUAUAGCUCAACAAUCAAAUCUUGAUCCUAAUGAUCUUGUACUUGUUGAAAUUCAACAACAAAAUGGUUUUUCUCAAGUCUUUCAUGAUACAGAACCAAUUACUCGUCUUACAAAUGAUGUUUAUGCAAUACAAUUUCCAACAUCAACUUCAGAAAGUACGGAACAUGUUGCAUCAACUACCGAUAAUUCAUCUCCGUCUUAUGUUAAUAUACUUGUUCUUAAUCGUGUACGAUAUAAUUCUGGUCGAGUCGAAAGAUUUGGACCACCAAUCGCUGUUCGUGUUCCUCGUCAAUCGAAUUAUCGUACAUUACAAUUAUCAAUAAUAAAAGCUCAACGUUCAUUAAUUCGUGAUGAAGCAAUGGAAUAUGCUCAAGAAUAUGUCGUUUUUCAAUUAACACUUGUUGAUCAAUAUCAAACAGCAACAUCUGGAACAUUAAAACAAGAAUAUCCGAUUAUUCAUGAUGUUCAAUUACCACUUUAUCUUGAAAAAAUUGUUGAAAUUCUUGAUACAUACGAUGGACCAGGUUUAGGCCCAUCACAUAUUCAAGUAUAUGCUAAUUGGCAUGAAAAAUAUCUUGGUGAAUUUUUAUCUAAAUGGGCUUGUGGUGAUGAUAAACCCGAUGUUCAUCAAUCAGUUACACAAGCUCGUGCAACUUUACAUCAACCAUCAUCAUCAUUAAUAUCACUAGCUGAUUGUUUUUCUUUAUUUACUCAAUCAGAAAGUUUAAACUAUGAUGAUGCGUGGAUGUGUACACAUUGUCGUCGAAAAGAAAAUGGUACAGUAAAAAAUUUAAAAAUUUGGACAACACCACCGGUUUUAAUAAUACAUUUAAAACGUUUUUGUCAAACAAAAAUGUCCAAUUCAAAAUUAACUUAUCCUGUACAAUUUCCACUGACUGGUUUAAAUGUCAAACGAUUUUUAUCUACAACGAAAAAUCUUUCAGAUAACGAUGAAAAUGAUAGUGAAAUCGAUGAUGAACAAGAUGAUUUUAUUGAAGAGAAUGAUGAUGAUGGUGAUGAUGAAAGACAAUAUGGACUUUACGAUCUAUUUGCUGUUUGUAAUCAUCGUGGGAGUAUGUCAAAUGGACAUUAUACUGCUUAUUGUAAAAACCCCAUAACAGACAAAUGGUUUUGUUACGAUGAUCAUCUUGUUUCUGAAUUAGAUCCAUCUCGUGUAUGUACACCAGAUGCAUAUAUUUUAUUUUAUACACGCCGUAAUACACCAUCAUAUCCAUCGUCACAAUCUAUUCAAAAAUCUUCAUCAACACAACAACAACUCGAUACAAUUACUAAUGAUAUUGAUGAAAAUUUAAAUCUUGAUCGUUCUUCGUCUUCUACAGAAGAUAAAAAACCUCAUUAUACACUUCAACCACCAUUACCAUUACCGAGAAAAUUAUUAAUAGCACCAUUUCAAGAAGAAUUUUCAUCAGUACCAUGUCCAAUGCCUAGAACUCGUUUACCACAAAAUGACACACAGAUCAUAUCUCAACCAACACCAUCUGUUCGACGAAAAUUAGCUAAUUUUAAUCUUCAGAAUUUAUCAUCAUCUAUUGAUACAGAUACAAAAGAUCCAUGGAGUCGUUUUAAUAACUCACGAUAUUCUAGUGAUGAACCAGAAAGUAAUGUUGUUUAUCAUACAACAAUAUCACGAUAA